UCUCGUUCCAUCAGAAACCCCAUCAAUUCAUCUGGUCAACGUUGGAGGUUUCCCUCCCGGACUUCGCUAAACCAUUCGUUUUAUUUCUGGAUACUUUUUGCACGACCGCCUACAAUGACUGCGCAUCUCGACGUCGUGCGGGCCUGGCGAGACGACGCGACAGCUCAACUGUCCGCCCCCGAGCUUGACAACCGCGGCCGCAAGCGACACCGAAGCCUUACUCGGUGCAACGCCUCAGUCAAGUGCGGCACCUCUGGCGAAUCGAGCACAUUGCGCGGACGACCCCGACGGCGCUCGACAUCACCGUACGGGGCUGCAUCCCGCACCACGUCGCGCGGCGCGAUGGACGGCUCGGCUUCGCCGGCGAGGAAGCGUUUGCUCCGCGUCGUGGUCCUCGACCGUCGAAGAAGCCAGAGCCCCUCGCGGUCCCGGUCGCCGAACCGGCGGCAGCAGAACGCGGCGCGGCGGAGACAGCGGACCAGGAGCCGGAGCCGGAGCCACGAUGAGAAAUCGUACCGAUCAGUGGAGCAGGGGGGAUGGUUGCGACAAGACGUCCUACGCAAGCAACAGGCCGCCCAGAAGCCUGUGCAGGGCAACGGGCAUGGCCUCGGGCAUGGGCAUGGACAUGGACAUGGGCAUGGCUUUGGGCGUGGUGGCUGA